AUGCAACGGGAACGCAAGUACAGGAACAUCCUUCCAGGUCCUCCAACUACUUCCAACGAGAACCUCGCCAACGAGGAUGGCGAGGCUGUAUCCGGGAUUUCUAGCGGCCAAGAGGGGUCCAAGAGGAAGCGCCGAGCGACCACUAAGGCCUGUAACAGCUGUCGCGAGAAGAAGAUAGGGUGCAACGGCCUACAGCCAUGCAGUCACUGCAAACGCCGCGGUCUUGCCUGCGAAUAUGCCACCAUAUCCAAGACGAUUCUGAACUCCAUUCCCUCGGGGAUGAAGUUGCUCGACGAGAAGACAGCAAACCGUCACAAACACGCUGCUGCGCUGCUCGGGCUUCUUCGUUUCGUGCCCGAUGACCAAGUUCACGACGUCCUCCAGCAGUUGCGGGCCGGGAGAGAUGCCGGGAACAUCGUCGAUAGCCUCAGAGGGCAGUUCCAUUCCGCCGAUGAAAUCCCCUUUCCCAACCUCCUCCAGGCGGCUCCUCCUCCUGGUCAGAAUUCUCUAGAGUUCGAGUUAAUGGUGCGUCACGCCGCCGCCUAUUCACCCUGGGCUCCGACAGAACUUCCACGCCUAGAUUUCGACUCCGCUUUGAAAUCAGCUCCAGGCAUUUCCAUCGAAUCGCCUUCUGCAGGACUUUCGCCAAUUUCGACGGACACGCCAUCUCCCCUCCCUCCUACAGAAUCAGAAGCGUCUUCUUCUAGCGGUAGGCCUCGUUUCAUGACCGCGAACUCGCGAGAUGGGAGUGCCGGUCACAGUUUCAGCUUUAGUUCCCAAGGCAAGCCCGGCAAGCGAGAGGCUGGGAUUGUCAGUCCCCCACCUCUCUGUGACGAAAGGCUUCUCAACGCGGACAUUUUGGCAUGGACUGCAGUGAAGAUCCCCAGCCCAGCAGCCAGGAGAAUCGUUUCUCUGUAUCUCGAAACAGAUCACGCGAUCACGGCACUAUUCGACGUUGAUCUCUUCCUCAACGACUUGAUAUCCGGCGGCUCUCGCUUUUGUUCCAGACUCCUCGUCAGCUCCCUGCUUAGUUGGGCUUGUGCUUACACGUCUUACGAUUUGGAGGCGACGGCUUGGAGUUAUUCCUUCUAUGAUGAGGCGCAACAGCUUCUGGAACACGAGACGGCAAUGGGAAUGUCAACUCCAAACACCGUGGCAGCCAUGCUUUACCUGAGCAUGUCCGCGACCUGCCAUGCGAAGAGCACCACAGCCGCUACCGAGCACAUGGAUCACGCCAUCGAUCUCGCCAAAAGCAUAGGGCUGUUUGGUAUCGCCGACGAGGGCAUGUCCGAGAGAUGGCCAGACGGAGCUACCGACUUUCUCUGGGAGAAAUCACUGACACAAACAGCCUGGGGAAGUUUUGUCUACAUCACUACACAAUGUGCACAGAACAAGACGUGCAAAAUAGCGUAUCCGCCAAGAUCGCCAAUUCCAGGAGACGCAGCAGACUUCGAAGACGGCAAAUCUCCCGACGGACCGCACUUCCCAGCUUACAUGGGGACUACGUUCCCGUGCCUGUGCAAACUGGCACUAAUCGCCCACGACAUGAUUUGGGUGAAUUACGGCAACAUCUUGCGGGUGGAGGGCUACAGCAUGAUCGAGCACAUGGAGGUGCUCUACCGACGGUAUCUAGAAUGGGCCGACAGGUUGCCGCUGGAACUGGUGCGAAGCGGAGAGAGCGCUCACCACGUUCUGAUCAUGCACAUUUACUUCCAUGCGUUUGUGCUGGAUCUCUUCCGGCCCCUGGUCCAUCACGGCGACGCGAUACGAGCCCGGCUCGAGUCCUUCACCUCCCAGCAAGCGUCUCCCGAGGCCAUCUGCCUCGCUUCAGCGACUCAACUAGGACGGAUCGUGGUCACGUACCUCCAACGGUUCAGCUCCGCGUCCCACAGCUUCCCCUGGAGCACGGCGCUUCUCUACUUUGCAAACGCCGUCAUGCGGGAACUGGGGCGCACCGCCGACACCUCGGAGAAGCUCGCCGACUUACGCACAUGCAUCUUCGGCUACCAAAGGCUACAACGCUCGUUCCGGCUGUCGUAUGGGAUCAUCCGCAGCCUACUGUCGAUGGCGCUGCGGGAAGGGGCUGUUGGAUCCUCGGAGGCGAGGGCCAUAAUCAACGACACGGACGAGAGGGCGAAGCAUCAUCGGGGCCACGGCGAGGUCCAGGCGCCGUUUAUCGUCGAUCUCGACCUCGGGACGUUGGAUCCGGCGGCGGCGCACGUCGACAGGCUGGCGGCCGAGUUCGAGGAGCUCGCGAUCUUCAACGAGUUUACGGUGAUCGCUUCGGGGCGGGAGGCGACAAACGCCUCGACCGAGGCCAUGGGAUCCGAUACGGAAGCCAGCCGGGCUGGCAAACAGGCGGGCGGGACUCUUCUGGUGCGCGAGCUCCUGAAGAUGGAGAGGGCGCAGCCAAGUAUAACAAUGGUGGCCGAAUAG